AUGCCUCGUUGCAGUGUUCAGAACGGUCCCGCGCCACCGCCGCCACCAUCUAGCGUCUUUGCCGGCCUUACACCUGCGGGGUGGGCCGCAUACAGUGCAUUCAAGCGUGAGCUGAAGGUGAACAACCUCAACUGCGAGCCACCUAACAUGAAGGAAUGGCGCGAACUCACCAGAGCACCUAUGCAGGGUCAGGUCGUGGCGACGGAUGGCACAGCGCAGCGCCGUGAGGCUAUAGUCAUUGAUCCCUCUCUUCUUGAGGGUGCUUCUGGGCGCCGCGGUUGGAAGAGAAAGCCAGAGAGUGAUGACUCAGAGGAAGAUAAUUGCCGUUAUCACCAUCGCCACUGCAAAGACUAUUCAAAGUCUAGUAACAACGGCAGCAGUGAGUCCAAGUCAUCAGAAUCGUCACCUGAAGCAGCGUCGCUGUCAUCUGGCAAAUCAAGCGAGUCUGAUGGUGAGGAGGACGAGCCGCGCCUCAUCCUGAUGGCUCCAAAAUCCAACCUGAGCAAACAAGAGGUGAAGGGAGAACUCAUGGUAUGCACCAUGAUCAAUAUUUGCUAUCAAUAUAUGUGCAUAUAUGCUGACCUAUGGUUCCAACAUCAACAAACAGAGGUGAACGUAGAUUUUUACAACGUUACCAGUCUUGGCAGGAAUCCUUUCAUCAUGCGUCGCAGUGAUCCCGAGCCCCCGACUCCCACUUCGGGCUCCAACUAUCUUCUUAUUACAUGGGGCAAAGAUGUCGACCACCCGUCCAUUCCAUUGGAUGGAAUACACAACACAAAGCCACUCACCGACUUGGCUAGAGAGAUGGUGAAGCGGCGCAUUUGGAUCUGGAAGAUGUUGUACAGUCAGAAGAAGGACCCAGCUAGGGCCGAGAAGUGGUUCAAUAAUUGA